AAAUAAUCGAAUAGUCUGAUGCCAAGAUGGCGGCGGUUUGUUGGAGAUUUUUCCUGUUUUCCGGAAUUUUUCUUCAUUUUCUCGACUUAUCUUCGUCUGGUGAUAUCGACAUAGACGCCUCGUGUAGGAGUGAGGGUUGUGGAUUCGAAAAUGACCCGCUUUCGCCGUUCAUAAGAUGUGAAUACUUACCUCCAGAGUUUAUUGAGUGUGAUCCACCGAUGGACCUUGAUGGGAAUGAGACCAAGAGAGAGGAGUUGGGGUAUGGGUGCAUCAAGUUUGGAGGGGAGCGGUUUGAGGAUGUAGAGAACACCAGUGUGGAGUGCCGGGUACUACCAGGGAUCGAGUGCAGGGGAAACAGGACCUUCCUCAGUCUCAAUGAAGUACCCUGCAUCAAGUAUUCCGGACACUACUUUGUGACCACACUAAUGUACUCGCUCCUGCUCGGCUUCUUUGGAGUGGACAGAUUCUGCCUGGGGCACACGGGCAUGGGGGUGGGGAAGCUACUCACCCUGGGGGGACUCGGAGUGUGGUGGAUGGUGGACAUCAUCUUGUUGUGUACAGGGAGUCUAGUACCUGUGGAUGGGAGUAACUGGAACCAAUACUAUUGAAGCAAACUACCAAGUGCUAUAAUUACUGUAAAUUCAGAAAUGUUCGUGGGGGUUUUAUGUUCGCAGUUUCCACGGUGACCGCUUCACCUCGAACUUAAAACCACUGCGGACAUAUUUCCAUUAUAAAGUAUGAGACUGCAGUCUAUGGUGCUACCGCGAACUUUAA